AGGACGGCAACACAGCCACUGUGGGAGGCCCAGAGACACACAAAGCCAGAGAGAGAGAGAGAGGAGGAAGGGGUUUGUUUCUGCAAUCUAGCCUUGUUGUUGCCUGUUCGUGCGAGUCUCUUUGCUGGUCAGUCAGUCUACUAUGCCUGGGACUCUGUAGCGCUGCCACUCAGGAGGAACUCUACUGAAGUGAAGUGAGGAGGAAAUCUCUGGCUGUGCUGUUCUUCAAAACAAGUGCAACUUUAAACAGACAGAGCUGAGGAUGAUGGCAGAGGGGAAGUUUGCCAGUCUGCCAAGAAAUAUGCACAUGGGUGUGGGCAGCAGGCAGUGUUCUCUGGUCUCCUCCAUGGACCUGCUGAGCUCCAGGCCUACAGUACCGGAGCUGCCCCCAGCCGGAUACCACAGUGUCUCCAUCCAUGGCACUCUGCCUAGGAGGAAGAAAGGGGCCCCGGUUCAGGGCCCUGCCCGCUCCUGGGACAUGUACAGUCACAUGGGCACUCUGCCCCACCCGGCCCGAGCCCGCCUGCCCACCUCGACACUCAUCCACAACAUCAUCGAGGAACACCAGCCUUACCAUACAGGGAUGGAAGGCCACACUGCAUACAGGGACCCCAGCAGCAGCAUGGACCCCACCCCGGAGUACGUCAAGUUCUCCAGGGACAAGUACAUCAUGGAGGGCCCGCCGGAGAAACUACGCAAAGAGUUGGAGGAAGAGCUGAAAAUGGCCAGUGAGGAGCCAUGCAGCCACGCCUGGUACCAUGGAGCCAUUCCCAGACAGGUGGCAGAGAACCUGAUCCAGAGAGACGGGGACUUCCUGAUCCGGGACUCUCUGUCCAGCCCUGGGAACUACGUCCUGACCUGCCAGUGGAAGAACAGCCCGCAGCAUUUCAAGAUCAAUAAGAUUGUGGUGGCCAUGAACGAGGCCUACUCUCGGGUGCAGUACCUGUUUGAGAAGGAGGGCUUCGACAGCGUGCCUGCCCUGGUGCGCUACUACGUUGGCAACAGGAAGCCAGUGACGGAGGUGGUGGGAGCCAUCAUCUUCCAGCCCAUCAACAGGGCCUUACCCCUGCGCUGUCUAGAGGAGAAGUAUGGGGUGGCCUGUGUCCGUGUAGAGACCGGUCUGACCCUGCCCAAGAGGACGAGCCAGACCUCCAAACGUCUGAGCCUCAACAUCAUGAACGGACACACCCAGGACCAAAGCCUUGGGCGGGGGAACCUGCUUAGGAACAAAGACAAGUGUGGAAGCCAGCCUGCGUGUCUGAACCACGUUCAGGAGAGACGGUGGCCUCUCAAAACCCACCAGUCAGAGAGCUUUCUUCCUAUAGGCUCCAGGCCCCAGCCCCAGUCCCAGCUGAUAGAGCAUCAGCCUAGGUCCCAGUUUCCAGUGUUCAGGACGGGCAGUGAGCCGGCCCUCAGUCCCACUGUGCCAAGGAGGACUGCCUUUGAGACCCAGGCCGGAGAGGCCAUCCGGGGCUCAGAAAGCCAGCUCUGCCCCAAGCCGCCCCCCAAGCCCAGCAAGGUACCCACCAUGAGGAUACCCCACUCUCCACACCUGCAGCCCCUGGCCCCUCUGGCCAGCCCAGACCCAGGUCCCCCUGUUCCCCCACUGAAGCCCAAGAAACAGCAUCUGAUCCAGGCUCUCCAGUCUCCCCUGCCCCGCAGCCCGGAGGUGAACUACUUUGAGCUGAGCCCCUGCAGCCCAGCGGAGUGGGACAGGCUCCAGGCUCCAGGCUUGGGCCCCCAGCCUAACAACAACAACAAUAUCAACAGCUACGUAGAGAGGCUGAGGACAGAGGAGAGUGAGAGGAGCAGCCAUGGCUCCAAAUUGGACCGCAGCUCCUACCACCAUGCCAUCGAAGCACUGGAAAAUGGCAGCGAAGAGGAGGAGGUGGAACAAGAAAGGAAAGGAGAGAUGGAUGAGAUAGAGGAGAAAGAGAGGAGCUUUCGGCGGCCGGUGUUGGAGACCGCGUCUACGUUCCGGCCGGGGGAGUUUGAAUCCAGGCUACUGCCUGCAGAGAACAAACCCCUGGAGAUGAGUGUGCUGAAGAGAGCCAAAGAACUGCUCGUUCAGAAAGACCACCACAUCAUUGCCAAGCACAUCCUCAUGGCAGACUGCCAGGUUGCUAGGGUACUUUGCGUCUCUGAGGAGGUGAAAGGUCAAAUGGGUGUGUCCUCUGGUCUGGAGCUGGUGACCUUACCCCACGGCAGGCAGCUGCGUCGAGACCUGAUGGAAAGGCACCACACCAUGGCCAUCGGGGUUGCCGUGGACAUCCUGGGCUGCACAGGAAGUCUGGAGGAGCGAACCGCCACGCUGAACCGCAUUAUCAUGGUGGCUCUAGAACUGAAGGACUCCAUGGGGGACCUGUACGCCUUCUCCUCCAUCAUGAAAGCACUGGACAUGCCUCAGAUCACACGAUUAGACCACACCUGGACCAUGCUGAGGAGGAAAUACACUCAGACUGCCAUCAUAUAUGAGAAGUCUCUCAAGCCCUUUUACAAGGGGCUGUAUGAAGGAACAGUGGACGUGCCCCUGACUGGCACCACGGUGCCCCUACUAAUGCCCCUGCUCAUCUUGAUGGAGCGCCCGGCGGUGGCGUUCGAGGGCAUGGAACUGUGGGAGAGCAACGACCAGGGCUGUGAGAUCAUGCUACGUCACCUAGAGGAGGCCCGCAGUGUGGCACACAAUGCUGACUCAUACACCGCCAACACUGAACACAUCCUGAAAGACUUCCAGGCUGACGAGGACCUGCUGGAGAUCUUUAAAACAGACUUUCAGCUGCGUCUGCUGUGGGGCAGCAGAGGGGCGGCCGUCAACCAGACGGAGAGAUACGACAAGUUCACACUCAUCCUAACUGCUUUGUCCAGAAAGCUGGAGCCAGCGGUCAAACACACAGAACUCUAACCCAAGCCUGUAGUAAACAGACUGUAUUAGUGAACACUGGUGGGUUGUAAAAGGACAUUCAGGCUGGUUAAGAGAGAGGACAAACUGUGCCCGUAUUGACUGGGGAUGAAGAAGAUGGUUGCAUAGCGAGACUACUGUGAUUUCCCAACUUGUCCAAUGGAGGGAGUGUCUGAGAUCCAGUGUGAACUCUUCCCUGGCAUUGGCAGGAUACUGAGUGUGUUCUUAUGAAGGGGAAAUAUUUCCCUCAGUAACGCAGGAGGGGGGAUAGCCUGGUCCUAGAUCUGUUUGUGCUCCUGCCUACUCCAUUGCUGUCAUUGUCAAGCCAAUGGAAUGACAAUGAGUGAAAGGGAGUUGGCAUGAUAGCAAAAACAGAUUUGCACCAUAUACACUGAGUGUACAAAACAUUAGGAACACCUGCUCUUUCAAUGACAUAGACGGACCAUGUGAAUCCAGGUGAAAGCAAUGAUCCCCUUAUUGAUGUCACUUCAACCAGUGUAGAUGAAGGGGAGGAGACAGGUUAAAGGAUUUUUAAGCCUCGAGACAUGGAUUGUGUAUGUGUGCUAUUCAGAGGGUGAAUGGGCAAGACAAAAGAUUUAAGUGCCUUUGAACAGGGUAUGGUAUUAGGUGCAAUGCGCACCAGUUUGUAUGUGCCAAGAACUGCAACUCUGCUGGGGUUUUUCACGCUUUUUCAGUUUCCCUUGUGCAUCAAGAAUGGUCCACCACCCAAAGGACAUCCAGCCAACUUGACACAACUGUGGGAAACAUUGAAGUCAACAUGGACCAGCAUCCCUGUAGAACACUCUCGACACCUUGUAGAGCCAGUCCAUGCCCUGAUGAAUUGAGGCUGUUCUGAGGGCAAAAGUGGGUGCAGCUCAAUGUUAGGAAGGUGGUCCUAAUGUUUUGUACACUCAGUGUAUGUGCAGCAGUAGUCAUCUUACUGGAUGUGGCUGAGAGGGGAACACACUGACCGCACUGAGACAGAGAGGAGGACCCAAGAAGAGUUUCUGAAAGCGUUUAUCAGAAGGAAAUGGGUGUAUGAAUGUAUCACUAAAGUAGGGAUUGAGAUUUAACACCCUUGUUAUAAGGGUUCAACAUAUGACUGAGAGGACAUAAAAUGAUGAAACAGAAGUAAAGACGUUUGGUCGCUAUACAAAAGGCAGUUUUACCGUAUAUGGUCUAAAAUACUAUGGAAUAUAUAUUGUAUGUACAUUAACUAGUUCUUCAACUGUCUGCUUCAUGUUCAAUGUUCCUCAGAUGUCGUGGUAUACGAGUUAACCUGGAUAAUCCUGAAUGGUAAAAGGUGUACAUAAUUAAUGUGAGCAUGUGAAUGCUAGACAGUGUAAUAUAUUUCCCUCUUAAAUAUUAUUGACCUGUAAAUAGCUGCUUAUUCAUUGUAAUAUCUUUAUAUGAACUCGUGGCAAGAAAUGAAGAAAUAGACAAAAGAAAUUACAUGCAGGUGUCUGAGUAACAACUUCGGGAACAUGUAUAUGUUUCAACAUACGUAUUGUGAUAAAAAAAACAUUUUUUAAUUUAAAAUAGGAAAGUCAGUUAAGAACAUAUUCUUAUUUACAAUGCGACCUACCAAAAGGCCUCAUGAGGGGACGGGGACUGGGAUUAAAAAUAUAGGCCAAAACACACAUCACGAUGAGACAACACAACACUACAUAAAGAGAGACCUAAGACAACAUAGCCUGGCAGCAACACAUGACAACACAACAUGCCAGCAGCACAAAAACAUGGUACAAACAUUAUUGGGUACAGACAACAGCACAAAGGGCAAGAAGGUAGAGAAAACAAUACAUCACGCAAAGUAGCCACAACUGUAAGUAAGUGUCCAUGAUUGAGUCUUUGAAAGAAGAGACUGAGAUAAAACUGUCCAGUGUCCAGAGUUGCAGCUCGUUCCAGUCGCAGCGAACUGAAAAGACGAGCGACCCAGGGAUGUGUGCUUUUGGGACCUUUUACAGAAUGUGACUGACAAGAAUGGGUGUUGUAUGUGGAGGAUGAGGGCUGCAGUAGAUCUCUCAGAUAGGGGGCAGUGAUGCCUAAGAGGGUUUUAUAAAUAAACAUCAACCAGAGGGUUUUGCGACGGGUAUACAGAGAUGUUAAUGAAGUGUUCAAAAAGAUA